GGGUAUCCCUUUAGCUGUCCUGUAGGCUACCUGGAAAACCUCGCCAGUUAGGCGUCCUAGCCAGGUGCGUGAGCCAUUUUGCAACUGAAGCCAGUCUCUAAACCAGGCGUGUUAAACAGCAGUGGUUUUGUGUGACCUCUCUCCAUCCUGCUACUGGUGAAAGAUUCAAACUUGGCUUUUUUUUAGAAGGGUGUAAAAAAGCAGCAGCGUCUCAGGAGGGAGAGCUGGUUGUAAAGUACAGCCUGCUGACAAAAAAGUCAUACUUGUGUAUCAAACACACGCGUGUGUGUGUGUGUGUGUUGGGGAAUGUCAGCAUGAAGGGUCAUUUCUGGCCUCUGAUGGACCCGCCCGAACCCCUGAGGCUCCUCUCUUGUUUUUAAUGCUGUUUUUGACUAAACCAGUGGAACCAGACCUCCGUGGGCACCAUGAAUACCCCGGCGUCUCACCUGCAGAUCCGCACCUUUUUCAGGCCUUUUACGUUAAAGAGAGGCACAUUACAGGCAUUGUGGAUAAACUAGUAAGGUGGCCUGCUGGCCGCAGGGACUGUUGUGAUUCAGCUUUUGGGAAGGGGAGGAGGCUGGUUCGGGGGAGUGACCCACGGAGGGGCCAGCUGGGUCCUAUAAAGCAGUACCGCCAUCUCUGUUUGGGACAGCCCCGGGUUUGUCCGGUCCUAGCCAGACUCCACAGUCCAAAGCGUCUGCAGCUCCUGCUCCUGGGUCCGGUCCGGUUCGGUUCGGUGUGUUCGCGCUCCGCCGCCAUGGCACCUGUCCUCCGCCUGCUCCUGGUCGCGGCUGCGCUCCUUCCAACUGCGACAUCAGCCAGCCUCAACGAGACUACGUAUGUAGUGACAGUCAGCUCGGUUCUGACGGGAGGCGAACAGGAGACCUUGUGUGCACAGAUCCAGAAUCCCACAGCACGCCUCUCCCUGACCAUCAGCCUGGCCCUGGACACCACCAGCAGCAUUAUUCUACAGCAAAGUAUCACCCAGAACUUCUACACAUGCGUACGGUUCAAGGUUCCUUUAGUGCUGGUCAACACCGUGGCAACCAUUCAGGUAUCACUUCAGGACGAGGCCACCUCGGUAAACAAGACUACCAAAGUCAUGAUUGAGCCUCCGGAUAUAAUCCACCUCAUCCAGACUGACAAACCCAUCUACAAACCAGGACAAACCGUCCAGUUCCGGAUCGUCUCAAUGGAUGUCAACUUCCUCCCUGUGGACCAAGUGUACACAGAAGUGACGCUGCAGGAUCCAAACACUAACCGCAUCGCCCAGUGGCUGAAUAAGACCAUCGUCGGCAUUGGCAUCCUCGACUUUUCAUUCCUGAUUAUUCCCGAGGCUGCACAGGGAACGUACACGAUCACGGCCGUGACGGACAAAGGAGAAGAGAUCAACAACAACUUUGACAUCAAGGAGUACGUCCUGCCAAAGUAUGAGGUGAACAUCUUCCUGCCCAGUGUGAUUACCAUCCUCGACAAAGAGGCCACAGUGAAGAUUUGUGGGAAAUACACUUAUGGAAAACCAGUUCAGGGGAGAGCCAAGGUGGAGUUUUGCCGAAAAGCCACCUGGUUUUUCUGGUUUACUGAGCGGAGAGCAGAAGACAUCUGCAGGAGCUUUGAGCUGACUACGGAUAAAACUGGAUGUGCUUCAGUAAAGGUGAAGUUGUCAGAGUUCGCCCUCAAUCAGUACUCCUACGCUGACAGUUUUGAUGUAACUGCUGAGCUUGAGGAGUUUGGCACAGGAGUUACUCUGAAGAGUUCUGGGUCGGCUACCUUCACCAGUCAGAUCCGAACGAUCACCUUCGUAGACGUUCCCUCAUCCUACAAACCUGGAAUACCCUUUGAAGGAAAGAUCAGAGUCACGGGUCCAAAUGACCAGCCGAUUGCUAACGAGGUGGUCUACCUGUAUGUCGAAGACUCAACGAAAAUAACUCUCUCUACGGACCUGAAAGGCUUGAUUCUGUUUUCUCUGGACACGACAUACUGGAAGAACUCUGUGUCUUUGCGGGCAACCACUAAGGAUACAGAUAAUGAACCAUUUGAUUCAAAUGUGAGGAGACCAGACUACGGGACGGCCUACCAGUACGUGUCCCCCUUCUUCUCCAAGAGCAACAGCUUUGUGAUGCUGAAGCAGAUCAACGACGACUUCUCUUGCAACAAAGAUGCAAAGAUUCACGCUGAGUACAUUAUCCGGGGGAAUGAGUUGAACGACGGACAGACGGUCCUCGACUUCUUCUACCUGGUGCUGUCCAAAGGUUCAAUAGUGCGUCAUGACCGUGUCCCAGUGACUGUCAAAGCAGGAGCUUUAAACAAAGGAGAGUUGAGAAUAACUCUGAACCAGGUGUUAGACCUGGCGCCAUAUGCUCAGGUGGUGGUUUACACCCUGAUGCCCACUGGAGAGUUGGUUGCCGACAGCCAGGACUUCCCCAUCCAGCUCUGCUUAAAAAACCAGGUGUCGCUGAAGUUCUCCUCCCUGCAGGUGCUUCCUGCAGAGAAGACCACCCUGACCCUGAAGGCCUCUCCAAAGUCCCUGUGUUCUGUCAGAGCCAUCGAUCAGAGCGUCCUUCUGCUGAAACCCGAGCAGGAGCUCACUGUGGACUACGUGUACAACCAGCUAACUAAUCAGAGGCUGUCAGGAUACAGCUUUGAGAUAGACGACAGUGAACCGUUCCCCUGCUUCCCUGGGAUAAGACCAAUGCCCGAGUUUGUUGCUCCGCCUGCACCUGAACCUACACCUGUACCUACACCUGAACCUGUAACUGGCAAUAAUACCGUCAUACGGCCAAAGCGCUCAUUGAUCUUCCAACCAAGCGGACAAAAGGACGACAUCUACAGCGUCUUUAAAAACAUUGGAGUCAAACUUGUGACAAACUCUGAUGUGAGGAAGCCUCAGGAGUGCUUCUUCUGGAAGUUUGAUGCAUUCAGAGACCACCAAGCACCUCCUCAAGCACCUCCUCCAGCACCACCUCCUGUGCCCGCUGAGAAUCAAUCUGGGAAUUCCAAGCAGACUGUUAGGGAAUACUUUCCUGAGACGUGGAUCUGGGAUCUGGUGUUUGUUGAGGACAAUGGCUCGGUGAACGUGGUUAAGAAGGCGCCGGACACCAUCACCAAGUGGGCCGCCGGAGCAUUCUGCGUCUCCCCAGUGGGCUUCGGCGUGGCUCCCAACACCGGGAUCACCGUCUUCCAGCCCUUCUUUGUCAGUCUGACUUUGCCUUACUCCGUCAUCAGAGGGGAGGUGUUCACCCUCAGAGCCACCGUCUUCAACUACCUCUCCAACUGCAUCAUGGUGGAGGUGACUCUGGCUGAUUCAGACCAGUUCACCUACAGGGCGUGUGAAGGCUGCCAGUACAGCGUCUGUGUGUGCAGUGAGGAGACCAGGACCUUCUCAUGGAUUGUGACUCCCAAAGUUCUGGGUGACGUGAGCCUGAAGGUCAGCGCUGAGGCCCUGAAAACACGUGCUCUGUGUGGCAACAAGGUGACCACCCUCCCUGAUGUGGGCCGGGUCGACACCGUGAUCCAGACCCUGCUGGUCGAGGCUGAAGGAACCCCACAGAUGGUCGGCUACAACGCUCUGCUCUGUCCUCCAAAGGGACCGGUGGAGAAGAGCAUCUCUCUGCAGCUGCCUGAAGCGUUUGUGCCAGGAUCAGCCAGAGCGUCCGUCUCCGUCCUAGGAGAUCUGAUGGGCCGGGCCAUGAAGAAUCUGGACCAGCUCCUGGCCAUGCCGUACGGCUGCGGGGAGCAGAACAUGAUUCUGUUUGCUCCCAACAUCUUCAUCCUCAACUACCUGAAGAGCUCCGGUCAGCUGACUCUGCCGAUCCUGGACAGGGCCAAGGUUUUCCUGGAGAGCGGGUAUCAGAGAGAGCUCACCUACAAGCAUACCGAUGGUUCCUACAGCGCUUUUGGGAUGAGCGAUGAUUCCGGUAACACCUGGCUGACCAGUUUUGUGAUGAAGUCCUUCGGCGGAGCCAGUUCCUACAUCUUCAUUGACUCUGUGUACAUUAAUGACGCCAGGACGUGGUUGUCUCAGCUUCAGAAGAAAGAUGGCUGCAUCAGAUCAGUGGGAAACUUGAUCCACACUGACCUGAAGGGAGGGGUCAAUGAUGAAGUGACUCUGACGGCGUACGUUGCUGCUGCCAUGCUGGAGCUAGAUGGAAACUCCACGGAUCCUGUGGUUGAGAGCUGUCUGAAGUGCCUGACGGCCGCUGUGAACGGGCAGCUGGAUAACCUAUAUACCGUUGCCCUGCUGUCCUACACCUUCAGCCUGGCUGGGGACCAAGAGAUGAGGAGCAAGCUCAUCACCCAUCUGGACCAGAAGGCCAUCACAGACGGAGGAAGCCGACACUGGGAGUAUAGCUCCGGUUCAGACUCCCUGAAUAUAGAGCUGACCUCCUACGUGCUGCUGAGUCUGCUCACCUCUCCACCCCUGGAGAACUUUGGUUUGGAUUACUGCUCCGGCAUCGUCCGCUGGCUCGUUCAAGUGCAGAACCCCUUCGGCGGGUUCUCCUCCACACAGGACACAGUGGUGGCCCUCGAGGCUCUGGCCAAAUAUGCCGCCGCCACCUACAGUCCACAGUCCACCACCACGGUGACGGUGACGUCUUCAGGAGGCCUGAAUAAAGUGUUUGUGGUGAAUCAAGACAACAGGCUGCUGUACCAGGAGGAGCAGCUCAGUGAGGUCCCAGGGGAUUACAACAUCACAGCUAAGGGUCAGAGCUGUGUGCUGACUCAGAUCUCCCUGUUCUACAACAUCCCACCUCCUAAGGGCUUCUCUGCCUUCGUCAUCACCACCAGCACCUUGGCUAAAUGCAACGCCGCCCGGCCUCAGCUCAUCCUCUACGUGACGGUCAGGUAUCGUGGCAGUAGAGAGGAAACCAACAUGGUCCUCAUCGACAUCAAGCUGCUGUCGGGAUAUGUUCUGGAUGGGAGCUCUCUGGAUCAGCUGAAGAAAGACAGCUCAGUGAAGCGAGUGGACGCAGACGCAGGACACAUCAGCAUCUACCUGGACGGGCUGAAGAAGGAGCAGACCCAGAUGUACAGCGUGACUCUGGAGGAUGAUCAGCACGUCAGGAAUCUGAAACCAGCGGUUGUUAAAGUCUACGACUACUACCAGACCAGUGACAAGGGCGUGACCGAAUACACAUCCCCCUGUGCAGCGAGUGACAACGGCAACUAGGCGUGCGUUCUGAUCUGAGCCGACGCGUUGCUGACGGAGGAAUCCCUGAAAGCAUGUCUAGGCGUUUGUGUCUGCUCCUUUUGAAACUCCUCACCGUUUAAACGUGUUUUGUUGAGGUCGUGUUUCACUUUAAAACCUUUUUUACUUUGUGGGAUUUGGAUGGUUUUGCCGUUAACAUGGUGGCUCUGUUGUGACUAGUAGCUUUAUUAGAAUAAACAAAGUGAUGCUAAAUAAAAACAAAACAGACUGAUAGUUUUUUUAAUAGAUUUGACAAAAAUCCACAUAAUUCAUACAUGAGACAUACAGGGUACCAGUAACAGUGUGUGGUCCGAGUACUUCUUGUGACAAUGUGUGUGUGUGUGUGUCUGGUGGGCGCUUUGGGGGUGUGGUUUAUUCUGUUUACAUGUACCUGCUGAUGAGUUCUGUAGAUUUAUUCACCACCAUACUGUUCAAGAUGUAACUGGCAGUAAAAGUGUGAAACAAAGUAAA